GCUCUUGGACAGAUCAUGCUGUAUGUGGAUGGAAUGAACGGACUUAUUAGACACAAUGAAACCGUUCAGUGGCUUUAUACAUUGGUGGGAUCAAAGUUCCGGCUGGUUGUGAAAACUGCUCUGAAGUUGCUGCUGGUGUUUGUGGAAUACACUGAGUCUAACGCGCCUCUCCUCAUCCAGGCUGUCAACACCAUGGACACCAAACAAGGCUUUAAACCCUGGUCCAAUACCAUGGAAAUCCUGGAUGAAAAGGAUGGAAUGGACACUGAGCUGCUGGUGUAUGCCAUGACCCUUAUCAACAAGACAUUGGCUGGUCUGGCUGACCAGGACUCAUUCUAUGAUGUGGUUGACAGUUUAGAGGAGCAGGGGAUGGAGGCCAUGGUUCAGAGGCACCUCAACAGAAAGGGCACAGACUUGGACUUAGUGGAGCAGUUCAACAUCUAUGAGAUGACACUUCGUCAUGAGGAUGGUGAUGAUGAGGCUCAGCCUCCUCCAUCCGGACAUAAGAGCCGUCGUCGGGCCAGCGUGGGGGCCACACCUGAGAGGCGUGGCUUGGAACGACGACGCAGCCGAAGACACUCACUCCAAAAUGGGAAAGGCCACACCUCUGCUCCUACUUCCCCUUGCCAUAGCAACACCUCCAACAUCCUGCCUUUUAAUAGCCAGAGGAUUGAGGAUAUUACCGAAAGUCUGUCAGAUGUUAGAUACUCAAACACAGCAUGCAGUUCUUGUGGCAGAAAAGGCUAUGCAGGUACAUAUCCUGGCAGGUCAGUAGGUGUGUCCAGUGCCCCCUCCACACCCUACAAUAGCUUCAGCUCCACAGGGGGUUCACCUACAGAUAGUAAACCAGACAGGAUGACUUUGGGUGGUUUGUUAACCUCUUCCUACAGGCAGCACCAAGAGUCUCUAAAUGCAGAACGUGAGCGCAGGCGCCUGGAGAGAGAGGAGAGACUCCAGCGGAUUGAAAGAGAGGAGAGGAACCGUUUCAAUCGGGAUUAUGUGGACAAGAAAGAAGAGAUCAGACAAGCUCGAGAAGAAAGAUAUAAGCAAAUGGCGCGUCUUGCAGCAGAUGAGAAUGGAAGGGAACAAACAAGAUCAACACCACGGGGACGAACAGAAAUCACCCUUAGCCUGUGUUCAAGAACCACUACCAGCUCCUCGCCUCGUUCUUUUACUCCUUUGACUGGAGAUACAUGCUGUCUCCCACAUCCAACAAAGGGAGCCGUGUCCGAGUCAAGCCAACCUGUGCAGGCAACAGUUGCUUGGCCUGCCUCAGAAACCCCCUCUACGUCUGCCUCUGCAUUGCUGUCUGGGCCACUGGAAGACCAGAGCCCUGUGGAACUUACAAACAUCACACUCUCUCUUUGUCAAACUAACACAGAGGCAGAGAGAGCUGGGGAAGAGAAGAAAACAGAGGGUGCUAAGGCAGAAGAGUGCAAGGAAAUGUUGAAUGGGAAGGAAGACGAAAAUAAAGAAGAACCAGAAGGAAACUGCAAAGAAGAGACUAGUGGAACAGGUAGAGAGGAGUGUGAGAGAGAGCAGAUAUUAGAGGAGAGUGUCGUCUUGAGUGAGAAAGAGAGGCAGAAUGAGGAACUGAAUGAGAAAGAUAACUGCUCUGCCUCCAGCAUCUCUUCAGCCAGCAGCACCCUGGAGAGAGAAGAACGAGAGGAGAAACUUGUCAGUGACAAUGACUCGGGCAAUUGGACAGACUGUAUGAAUACAGCAGAUGUCAGUGAUCAAUGCAAUAAAGUUAUGAACAGCAAAUGCUUCAUGCUGGACAUGCUUUACCAAAACAUCCCUGUAGAGGAAGCAGAACAAGUUAAAGAGAAGGAGAAUGAGAAAGGAGAUUCAGGUCAGGACUCUUCUGUGAACAGCCUUGUUAGUCGCAUUUCUACACUGGAGGCACAUCGGCAGGCGUGUGAGGAGAACUUGAAGAAGCAGGACGUGGAGCAUCUGGAUAAUCAGGGUAGUGUGCGAGCGGUGGCCGAGAAAUUUGGAGACUUGGUCAAAGGACUGGUGUCUCCACAUGAGGUGGAGUAUUCUGGAAAGGAGAAACAACAACCACAGGAAAAGCCUCCGCCAGCUCCUUCACCAACACCUCAGAAAAAAGAAUCUGACCACAUUUGGGACCAGCUAAUGGCCAUUCCACGAGAGCUUCGCAUCAAAGAAUUGGACUUCACAGACUUGAGAGAGGAGGAUGAUGUGGACAUUUUGGAUGUUGGUAACGUGACUGGGUCAGGUGACCUCACACCACCUCCUCCCCCACUUCCAUGCUUGCCCAACCUUCCACCUCCACCACCCUUGUUCGGAUGCCCCCCACCUCCUCCUAUCUCUGGCAUGAUGAUGCCCCCUCCACCACCAUUUUUGGCCUCAUUAUCUCCCCCGCAUCUUGGAUCUCCUCAGCUUAGUCGAGGGGAUCCUCUGCUCUUCCAGAAGAAGAAGAAGACCAUUCGGUUGUUUUGGAAUGAGGUGAGACCCAUAGACUGGCAGUACAACAACCACAAGAGAUGCAAGGAAUCAUUGUGGUCCAAACUGGACCCCGUCAAACUAGACACGGCCAAGUUGGAAAACCUCUUCGAAACUAAAUCCAAAGAGCUGCCAGUUACAAAGAAAACUGCAGCCGAUGGGAAGCGUCAGGAGAUCAUCGUUCUGGACUCCAAAAGGAGUAACGCCAUUAACAUCGGCCUGACGGUGCUGCCUCCACCACGCACGAUCAAAACAGCCAUCCUCAACUUUGAUGAGUAUGCCUUGAGCAAAGAGGGCAUAGAGAAAAUCCUGACGAUGAUUCCUACGGAGGAAGAAACACAGAAGAUUCAGGAGGCCCAGCUGGCAAACCCUGAAACUCCACUGGGCAGUGCUGAGCAGUUUCUCCUCAUUCUUUCCUCCAUCAGUGAGCUGUCCGCCCGACUGCAGCUUUGGGCAUUUAAGAUGGACUACGAUGCCUUAGAGAAGGAAGUGGCAGAGCCACUACAGGACCUGAAGGAGGGCAUGGACCAAUUAGAAAAUAACAAGACGCUACGCUACAUCCUUUCCACUCUGCUAGCUAUUGGCAACUUUCUCAAUGGGACCAACGCAAAAGGCUUUGAGCUGAGUUACCUAGAGAAAGUUCCUGAGGUGAAGGACACAGUUCACAAACAGUCUCUGCUCCAUCACGUCUGCUCCAUCGUUGUGGAGAAGUUUCCAGACAGUUCAGAUCUCUACUCUGAGAUUGGAGCCAUCACUCGCUCUGCUAAAGUUGACUUUGAUCAGCUGCAGGAAAACCUGUGUCAGAUGGAGCGACGCUGCAGAGCAUCCUGGGACCACCUGAAGGUCAUCGCCAAACAUGAAAUAAAAGCAGCCCUCAAGCAGCGCAUGUCUGACUUCCUUAAAGACUGUGCAGAAAGGAUCAUCAUUCUUAAGAUUGUGCAUCGCCGCAUCAUCAACAGGUUUCACUCAUUCCUGUUGUUCCUGGGCCACCCACCGUACACGAUCAAAGAGGUCAGCGUCCACCACUUCAGUAAGAUUCUGAGUGAAUUUGCACUUGAGUACCGCACCACCAGAGAGCGAGUGCUGCAGCAGAAACAGAAGAGAGCCAAUCACCGCGAGAGGAACAAGACCCGUGGCAAAAUGAUCACAGAUAGUGAUGAGGAAGAGGAGGAGGAGAGUGGAAAGUUUGCAGGCACUCCAUUGGAGGGACAGGACUCUCAGCCACAGGGUUUGUGCUAUACCCAGGACGCAGUCGAACAUGAGCACAUGACUGCAGUACUUCGGAAUAGCCUGCAGGGCGGCGAUAGUGCCUCCUCAGUACUCCCUGGCCUCCGCACACGAACACGAGCCAGUCGAGGCCAUAUGGCACUUUUGUCUGCUGCAAAUGAAGACGCUUCUAAUUGCACAAAUGACACAGCAGAUGAGAUUAUGGAGCGUAUUGUGAAAUCAGCCACUCAGGGCCCCAGUCAGCGCACGCAGCCCCGCGAGAGGAGACGCUCCCGAGCCAACCGCAAAUCCUUAAGACGAACACUGAAGAAUGGUCUUACACCAGAGGAGGCACAGGCCUUGGGAUUGGCCAGCGGCUCUGAGAUGCAAGUGUGAAUGCUCAGGGCCUCAGCAAACACUCUCCCUCUCUUUCUUUCUCUCUGAAACACAGAAACACACGUAAUCUUGAAAGAGUUUGAUGUGAUGUGGAUCUUGAGCAGGUGCAUUUUUUCAGUUUGUGUUGUACAUGGUUAUUGCUGUGGACUCACAGACUACUGUGAGAAUAAUAUACUACUAUACUUAACCUUGGACAUGCAGUCAAACCUUUUCUCCAUUUACUAGCCACACCCACAUUGGCAUAUUGCAGUGGUUCUGAACUGGUUUUGCUUCAGGAGCCAGAUUUGGACAUUGGAUAAAGUGGAGACUCAUCACAGUACCAGAAUAUAUAUAUAUAUAUAUAUAUAUAUAUAUAUAUAUAUAUAUA